AUGUCAGACGAAGCACCUGAGGAUUUCAAGCAGUACAUUGUUCAAUGGAUAGAGGCUGAUGCGAUUGAAGCAACCAAAAAUGGCUCAAAAAUGGCCAUCCUCUACAACAAGAUGCUUGCGCAGAUACGACGCACACUGGAGCCAAUCACGGAUACCAAAUCCCUAAAACAGAUCAGGUAUGUGGGAGUGAAAACAGCUGUGGUGUUGAGCAAUAGGGUGUUGCAACUUUGUAAAGCAAAUGGAUGGGAACCGCCUGUUGGAUUCAUGGACGAAGCUGAAGCCCACAGACGUGCUUCCAAAAAAGUGGAUCAGGUGGGAGAAGAAGAGGAUGAUUCGUCGGCGCGGCCAGCAAAACGUGCACGGACUGCCAGUAGUUAUGUUCCGAAGCAGAGGUCUGGAGCGUUUGCGAUUAUGGUGGCCUUAUAUUUGAAAGAUCGUGAAGGGCGAGGUAUGACUAGGGAACAAAUUUCACAACAUGCGGCACCGCAUUGUGACAAAGCUUUCACAACUUCAACCACUUCAAUGUAUUCUGCAUGGGACUCCAUGAAUACUUUGAUAAGAAAGGAAUUGGUGUAUGUCACUGGGAGGUCACCAAAGAUGUAUUACUUGACUGAUGAAGGUAAGGAAUUGGCGUCAAAGUUGAAAACCGCUGUGAAUAUCGAAUCCUCUCCAAUGCAACCAAACACCGUUGCCAAUAGUUCCUUCGACAAUGGAGUAAGAUUCGAGCCAAGCUUUGAGAAAUCAUCCCCCACUUUAAGAAGAAACGCCGAUUUAAGUUCGUCUCGCCAAUCAUCCUUUAGACUACUUAACCCGGCUCACAACUCAAGACUAGUUUCAGAGGUGUUAUCUUCCACAAAUAGCUUUGCUCAUGAUUCUCAAAAUAGAGUGUACGAUGGUACUCCAUACGAAAUAUGGACCAAGGAUGAAUACGAGGUGGUUGUAUAUGUUGACAAUAGAGAAAUUAGAGGUCAACAAGAGCGAAACUUUUUCCCAAGACAACUCGAACUUGCCAAUCACAAAUGUGAUGUCAAAGCCUUGUCUUGUGGGGAUAUCACUUGGGUUGCAAGGCACUUGCGCACAGGGCGAGAAGCUAAUGAAAAAAUCGGGAAUGAUGCAUUGUUUCUAUCUAGUGGAGGAAGUGAACAUUUGCAACCAGGAUCACUACAACGAAUUGCUUAUAAAAUUUCGGGGAAAGUUCGAGACAAGGGUAAAUUACGAAUGCUGUCACUUAUUUUCAAGCUUUCAAGAAAUGAUGGGGAAAACAACGCAAAUGACAGUGAAGGAAUUGUUCAUAUUGAUGUUGAUGACAAUCAAGGGAUGCUCUUUGGAGAAAGCUAUUGUCAUACAGAAUCGGUUUCCAACGCCAAAGAAGUUGCUUGA